AUGGGCCUGCUGACCCAUGCUCUGGCUGUCUUACCAGAGCCUCGCCUGUCUGCCAGGCUUCCUGUGCUGGGGAAAGAGAGAGAGAGCAGGAGGCAGGUGGCAGUUAGCCAGGAGGAUGCUUGUCAGCGCGGCUGGAACUUCUUCCAGUCCAGCUGUUACACAUUUAAUGACCCUCCACCCCCUUAUCAGAAACCCUGGGAAGAAGCUCGAGAAGACUGCAGAAGAAAGAUUUCAGAUUUGGCUGUUAUAGAUAAUGACACUGAGAAGGGCCUCAUCGAUGGUAAAAUAUGGGUUCCAUCUGCAGCCAUUAGAUUCUGGAUCGGCCUGAGAGCUGAAGAAGGGACAUGGAAGUGGGUCGAUGGAAGUAAUCUGACUCAAAGCUCUCGGAUACAACAACCUCCUACCAACGGUCUCUGUGUGACUUCUGACAAGACAAACGUAUGGAAAGCAGUGAACUGUAGUGAAAAAUACACAUGGCUCUGCAAGAAGAAGGCUUUAUCUGUUUAAACACUGCAGUCAGACUUGAGAAGGUUCCUGGAUACAUGGUUAGAUUAAUUACAUGUAAGAUAAUUGGCCCAUAAAUAAACAAUGAAGAGUUUUAUUUCACAAUGUAAAUGUU